AUGAAUCAAAUAAUUUGUGGAAUUCUAAAAAGUACUCAUCCAUUAACAGUAAAACAACAAUUAUUGGAACGUAUUCGAUCAACAUAUCUACAAACUCCUUGUUCAGCAACAAUUCCAAUAAUUGAUCGAACAUGUUAUUAUAUUAUAAAUUAUAUUCGUGAAAUAACAUUAACAAAAAUUGAUAAUGAUACAUUAAUUUUUUGUCGUAUUUGUCUACAAUGUUGUCAUAAUCCUGAAUGUAUUUGUUUAAUUGCUGAACAUUUAAUAAAUGAUUCACAUAUUGAUUUAUCUAUAUCAUUUGUCCAAUUAUUAAGUGAUUGUUUACCAAUUGAAAUUGGUCGACCAUUUUUAGAACGUGCUGUUUUUGAAAGACAUGAAUUAAAUAAUGAAGCAUUACGUUUUAUAUUAUAUUUAAUAACUAAAAAUCAUCAAUUAACAAAUGCACAACGAACAAUAUUUUAUAUAAAAUUAGUUGAAUUAGUUUUAUUUCGUUUACGUACAUUAGAUUAUUCAAUUGAACAAGUUGAAUUAUUUUGUAAACAAUUAUCAUCAACAAUUCAAGAAUUAUGUUAUGAUAAUAAUAAUAAUCAUAAACAAUCUAAUGAUUUAUUAAAUGAUAUUGUUAAUGGUGUAACAAGUGGUUUAUUAACAUGUUUAGCUGAUUCAACAACAACAAAUGAACCAUCAACAGCAUUAGCUAAUAUUAUUGAUUUAUUACAAGAAUGUCCAAAUGAAAAUUUACUUGAUUCAUUUAUUUUAACUAUUGAUGAUGAUCGUUUAGUAUUAUGUCUAAAUCGUUUAGCUCGUGUUUUUUGUUGGCCAUGUUCAACAACAAAACCAUCACAAUGGCUUGUUUCAAUUUGGAAAUUAUUAUUUAAACGUGAACGUGAAAUGCUUGUUGCACAUUCAGCAUCAUCAUCAAUUAUUUCAGAUCUUAUUUCAAUGAUUGGUAAUCCAUCAUGUUAUCAAAAUGUUGUUCCAGCACUAUGUUGGAUAUUUGUUAAUCAACCAUUUCAUUUACAAACUUUUGCAAGUAGUUUACAAAGUGAAAUACUUCAACUUGUUAUUAAUAAUCCAAAUUUUCUUAAUGAUAAUAUUGAAAUGAAUAAUCUUGUUGAAAGUGUUCGUUAUGGACUUAAAAGUUUAUUAAAUAAUGAAGAUUAUUUACUUGAUCAUGAUUUAUUCAAUAAUUUACUUCAAAGCCUUCCGAAAUUAAAUUCAGCUUAUGCAAAAAAUAUUCAAUUAAUGAAAUGUAAAUCAUCAUCAAUAGAAAAUAAUUCAAAUGAAAUAACUAUUCGUUUACAUGAUAAAGUUGGUUUAGUUAAUAUUGGAAAUACAUGUUAUUUGAAUGCUAUUAUGCAAGCUUUAUAUGCUUGUACAAAAUUUCGAAUGUGUGUAUUGAAUUGUGAUAUAUUAUCAUCAAAUAAUGAAUUAUUAAAAUCAUUACAAAAUUUAUUUGCUUUUUUGGCACUUUCACAAAGACCAUAUUAUCGACCUGAAAAAUUUUGGCUUCAAGCUAAACCAUCUUAUUUUGAACGUAAUCAACAACAAGAUUGUCAAGAAUUUCUCAGACAUUUACUUGAUUCACUUCAUGAAGAAGCUAAAAAAACAAUACAAAAUGAAUCAAAUAUUGAUUUUGUUAAACAACAUCUAAUGGGUACUUGUGUUCAUCUAAGUAAAUGUUUAACUUGUUUAUCAAUAACAAAAUCUCAAGAUUUAUUCUAUGAUUUAUCAAUUGGUUUUAAUGAUCAAUCUUCAACUAAUAAUGAAGAACAAAAAUGUUUUAGUUUACAAUCACUUAUCGAUCAUGCAUUUGCAUGGGAAUCAUUAAAUAAUGAAAAUCAACUUGCAUGUGAUAAAUGUCAAAUAAAACAAGAUGGUUUACGUCGAAUGUUUUUAACAUCACAUCCAAAUUAUCUUGUUUUAUUAUUAAAACGUUUUGUACAUAAUCGUCUUACAGGUAAAUAUGAAAAAUGUCUUGAUCGUACAACAUUACCAGAAUUAAUUAAAUUAUUAACUGUUAAUGAAACAUUUAUAUCAUAUCGAUUAAAAGCUAUUGUUGUUCAUCAUGGUUUAUCAAUGAAUAGUGGACAUUAUUAUGCAUUUGUUAAUUUUAAUAAUGAUGAUUUAAUUGAUAAAACAAAUACAAAUUAUAUUGGUUGGUGGCUUUUUAAUGAUACACAUGUUGAACAUUUAACAUUUGAAAAUGUUUAUGCACAUUUUCAACGUUUUCAAUCAGCUACACCAUAUGUUUUAAUAUUUGAAAAAGAAAUUCAAGAAAAAGAAACAAAUGUAACACAAUUACCGAUUAUAUCAUAUUUACAAACAUUAGUUGAUCGUGAUAAUCAACUUUUUACACAAGAACAAAAACGUCGUAGUCGUUCAUCGAGAUCAGCUGAUAUGUCUGAUGUAUCUGAACCUUAUUUAAGAAAUACAGGAUGUAAAGAUCAAAGUCCUGAUCGUGGACCACCUUGUAUUUUUUAG